CAGACCGAGGUAACUCCGAAUGCGAUUCGAAUGGGUGCCGUAGACGCAUCGAUCCGACUCCGGAAAUAAUCGUUAUUUACCCAUCACUACACGAUGGUGCACACUCUACGCAAAAUAACUAACAUUUGUCGGCUUUGUUUGUGCGAAGAGCUGGACAUCCUAGUUCCUGCCGAGGAUGUAUUCGAUUCCUCGCUUACCACGGAGGAUGUGGAACGCUUCACCGGUGUACAGAUCCCGGCCGAUGACAAAGUACCUUACGUGAUCUGCACCGAUUGUAGAAGUAGUUUAAGAAAAUCAGCUGCCUUUCGGAAGUCUUGUAUACGCAAUGAUCGACUCUAUUGCCAAUUGUUCUCGGAAUUGAUCGUCGAGAUUCGGAACGAAACGCAUCGAAAGCAACCUUCAACGAUUGUUCAUCACACCGAUGAUGAUAUCGAUGUUACGGUUUCCACCCAUCCAGUUCAUCGAAUGAAACUGCCUGCUUCUGAGAACAAGCAGAUAGUUAGAGCUGAUAAAAAAGAUUUGGAAAGCAUUGAAACGGAAGCCACCCCUUUAAAAUCAACACUCUCGUCUCCUCGCCCGGAACCGAUGGUAAUUGAUGAAACAAUCAACCUGCAGGACCCACCAAUACGCACUAGGAAACGACGCAAAAAGUAUGCGAAUCGUCAUGUGGAAUACCUGUGUGACAUAUGUGGCCAAACGACUACCAAUUACAAACGACACCAGCUGACGCACACGAAAGAAGUACGAAUCCCUUGCCCGCACUGUCCGGUACAGAUGACGGACAGCUCGAAUCUUGCGCGCCACAUCGAAGCCGUGCACAUGCAGCUGAUCAUUAAAACAUGCGAAUUGUGUGGUAAAGGAUUCAAGCAUCAUAACAGCUACAAUGGUCAUAUGCGUGGUGUGCAUAAUAUUGGGGAAAAAUACAAAUGCAAGAUAUGCUACAAAGAAUUCAACAGUACGCGUAGCAUACAGGAACAUACCAGACGUCGGCAUAGUAUCGAAUCUAAAUUUGAAUGCAAGGUUUGCGGUAAACGGUUCAAGUGUGGAAGGUCGCUGUAUAUACACAGACGAGUACAUUCCGAAAACCGGCCGUAUGCUUGCAGCCUCUGUCCGAAACGGUUCAAGAGCAGCUUCGGCCGCAAUACGCAUCAACUCACCCACACGGGCAUUAUAUUUUCCUGCCAGCAUUGUGAUAAGUCCUAUCGAUACAAAGCUCAACUUAACAUACAUAUGCGAAAACUGCACCCGGAGUUGGUUGCCGAAAACACGGACGGAUCUGGUGGACCGGAUUAGAAAAUGCAAACAAUAAAAAAUAAACUGGCAGCAUGGCACGCUGCGAUUUAAGAA